AUCUCACAGUGACAGCUGUCACGUCCAGUCGGAUUGCAUUGUGUUGGACUGCCCCCGAUUCUACCCGUAAUGCUCGUUUUGAGCACUUCAUUUUACACUGGGUGGAUCUAGUCUCUGGCAGAGGCCAUGCCAUUCGCUUGGACAAGAUGAAUCGGAGCGCUGUGAUUGGUGGGUUGGCAGCGUAUCAUGCUCACAGGAUCACAGUUGUGUCCGUCACGGCUCAAGGUGUGGAAAGCUCUGACAGUCGGUCCGUGACUGUUAUCACAGAGGUUAGUCCUCCACGCCGGGUCUCGGUUGAUGCUGUGGGGCUGGAGAACAUGACUGUGUGCUGGUGGCCUUCACUGGACGAAGAUGUUGGCAAAUAUUACAUUCGGCUCCACCCACAAACAAAUCAGGCUCAGACUGGUGAAUUCUGGAUAAAUGGCUCCACCUGCAUCUCGCUUACACAGCUCAAGUCAGGCGGGACAUAUGAAGUGGGAGUGGCUGCAGUGAAGGGAAGAAACAUGAGCGUAGUGACAACCAUACAACAGACUUUAAAACCUGAUAGCAUCCGGAUAGCUGUCCCUUACAAAGUUGGCACACACUCUGUGGAGCUCUUUGUGCAGAUGCCCAGAAACAGCAUUUAUGACGGCAUCACCCUUACUUACCAGAAUAAUAAAUUGUGGAGGCCAGUGUCAAAAGACAGCACUAAACUGUUAGUCGACAACCUGAAUCCAGGAACGCAGUAUGACUUUAAUGUGUUUGUGACCAGCAGAAACACCAGCAGUGAAGCCUAUGCACUGCCACCUGUGAGGACCUGUUUGGCUCCUCCCACUCAUGUGCGCGCUGGUGUUGUGACUGACAGCUCUGUAGAGCUCCUUUGGGAUGGGGCUGAGGGGGCGGGCCAUCAUUAUGAGGCGCUGUGUACGAACUGCGCUGAUACUGUCAUGGUGCAGAAGGUAGUCCACACUAGAGCAAUUUUUAAAGAUGUGACUGCAGGAAACCUAUGCAACUUUUCAGUCCGAACCGAGAAGGAGUUUUUCAGAGACAGUCUGGCUGUGUUUAUCACCAUAAGAUCUGCUCCCAGCCCGGUCACCUUGUUGCCAGUGCAGAGGACAUCAGCGUCUCUCAGCGUGCGCUGGAGGGCCGGCCGGGGGGUCUGUGACUCAUUUAUCCUGUCCAUAAGAAACUCAACCUUUAUCCUGCAGACCAGUCAAAGUGCGUCUGAUGACAGAACGUAUCGCUUUGACAACCUGUUGCCUGGAAGUGUGUAUACUGUUGAAGUGAGGAGUGUUAGCGGAGAAAGGCGAAGUUUACCCGCUGCUGUAAACACUAACACACUUCCAGAACCUCCUGAUGACCUCACUUUCAUUGAACAGGAAGUGAGCAGCAUGUAUGUGAUGUGGACACGCCCACCGGGCAAAGUGGACGGUUACAGGCUUCAAUAUGGCUUUGCGGGUGACCUCCCUCUGCAGCACCAGGUUGAUCGUCAUGGCAACAGUGUCAGGAUUCAUGACCUGACCCCAGGAAGUGAUUACAGGUUUGAGAUCCAGUCCUUCCUGGGCUCAGAUUUCAGCAAGACCACAUCUCAAAACAUCUCUACUAGGCCAGCAGGUUUAUGUUCACUCUCUGUGUCUGACAUCAAUGGGACGUCUGCAACAGUGUCAUGGAAAUCAGCCACUGGUCACUUUGAUUUUUAUAGAGUCGUGGUCAGUAACAGCUCUCAUGUCUGGACAUUAGAUGUGAGUCCACACUCGCAGCAGGUCACUGUCAGCAGCCUAUGGAACGGCUGCUCGUACAACAUCACUGUACAGCGCUUCAGAAACAACGUCAGUGGAAACGCCGCCACAGUCACCAUACAUACAGUCCCUGAGAGUCCUGAGGGGUUGCGAGUGAUAAGCAUGUCAUCUCGUGCUUUUUCACUCCACUGGUUGGCAUCACCUGGAUGUGAUAAGAAGUACAUGGUCCAACUGCAUCCUGAACACGGCAAUAUCAGCAUCUCCACCACCACAGCAGACGGCGGUGUCCAGGCUCAAGUGUCCAGUGUAACCCCUGGAACGUCAUACACUGUGACGGUCAAUGCGAUGGCCUCGUCAGGGUUCAGCUCACCUGUCAGCCGAAUACUCGUCACCACUAAUGAAUCCUUACCUGCGGCCCCCUCUAAGCCAGAAGGUGAACGGGUCGGUUCCACUGGGAUCCUGCUGUCCUGGCGGAUGCCUCUCGACCCCUCAAUUCACUCAUUUGUCAUCAGAUACAAGGAAAUGUGUCCAUAUCCCGACCCUACCUUCACUGAGGUCACCAAGAGCCUGGAUAUCCCAGAAACCCUGCUGAACACACUCACCCCUGGAGCGACGUACAACAUCAAGGUUGCAGCAGUAAACAAGGCAGGAAUUGGACCUUUUAGUCAGUCUCUGUACUACAAAACAGCAGAGGCCCCUCCUGGUCUGGUGUCAAACCUCACAGCGUUCGCCGAGGAUCACACGUCGGUGUUAGUGACAUGGUUUCUUCCCGUACGCAUUAAUGGUCUCAUUACUAAGUUUGCAGUGAAAGUCAAACAUGCUCGAACCGGCAUGAUCGUUCGCACGCUCGAGCUUAACGCAGAGGACAUCAUGAACGGAGCCCUGCCUCACUGCAACGAUGCAGCAGACAUCUUAUCUCGUGGAACUCCAAGCCCGUCUCAGUCUUCCCAGCUGACCUCUGCCGUGCUGCCCACUGUUACUCUCUCAGCCGUACCUCCCGCCUCCAUCUGGAGUGUUCCAAUCAGCGUGAAGAUUGAUGAACUCCGCCCCUACACUCCCUAUGUGUUUGAAGUCUCCGCCUUCACCAGUGAUGGCGAGGGCCAGAUCGCCAGCACUAUGGUCCGCAUGCCAGAGGCUGCCCCCGAAGACCCGCCUCAAAAUGUAAUUUUCACAAACAUCACUUCUAAAUCUCUGUCUCUAACUUGGGAAACUCCAAAGAUCACCACAGGAAGGUUCAGUUACGUCAUCCAGCUCCACAGCUCUGAAGGGAUUAUUAGUGAGAACAGCACAAUCGAACUGGCAUUUAUGUACACUGGACUUACUCCAUACACCAAAUACUAUAUCCAUGUGAUGGCCAAAUCAGCAGGGGCCACAGGACCGGAAGCAGUGGUCAACAUUACAACACUAGCAGAAGCUCCGAGUGCUGUGUCUCAUCUGACAGCAGAGGCUGUGGACUCCACUGCAGUCCGUCUGUCCUGGAGACCUCCGAGCCAACCGAACGGACUAAUCACACACUAUCGGAUACGAGUGUUAUACCGCAUUACUCUUGUACAGGACAUCACCCUGCGAGGACAGAAUCCUCCACUUCGUCGCAAUGCAAGGUCACUUGACAUCACCACAUCAUCUGCGUUCAUUCUCACCAACACUGAUACGGAACUGACCUCUGACCUCCCUCUGACCCCGAGCACCCCUCACACACCUCCACCCUGGCUCACAGUGACCCACGACAGAACUGAUGUAUCUGUUGAAGCUGUGACUGAGGAACCGGUCACUAUAGGAACUGAUGAAGCACCAUUGGUUAAUUUAAGCCCCUCCCCGGCCCGCCGUUUCACUAGGGCGGUGGCCACAGACUCCACCCAGCAGCAGACCAAUCCCCCAACGAGAGCUGCCACCACUAUUGGAAUAGAGGUCCUACCUGCCACUGAGGAGACAGCAGACCUGUCAUCUGACCACAUCAUGUAUGUAGUUAGAAGACUGAGUCCUUUCACUGAGUACACAUUUAGCGUGACAGCAAAAAACACCAUUGGAGAAGGGCCUUCCACAGAAGUUAAAGUGAAAACAACUGAACAAGUGCCCAGCUCUGUUCAGAAUGUGUCCUAUCAGAACCUGACCUCCACCUCCAUCCGUGUUACUUGGGAGCCGCCACUGAACCCUAAUGGCAAGAUAACUCACUACACUGUAUAUGCCCAAAAUCUCCUUACAAAGCAGCAAUUACAACAGAUGGCGAACACCACCACUGCAGUGCUCACAGGUCUGGACAAGCACAGCAGUUAUAAGGUGUGUGUGACCGCAUCUACUGCCGUGGGGGAAAGUCCACUAACUAAUGAAGACUACAUCUUCGUCAUGACACUAGAGGAUGAACCGGAUUCUCCCCCGCAGAACCUGACAGUCAUAAAAACCACUUCCUCCACUUCUACUCUCACCUGGUUUCCGCCAGAGAAACCCAACGGCAUCAUCCGCCUGUAUGAGGUCUCCUACACCAACGGCACAUACAGCAACACAGUCAACAGCACAUCACCUACUGCCACACUGCGCUACCUGAAGCCACACACACGCUACAAUGUGACUGUCCGUGCGUUUACGCUACACGGACACGGGAACCAGAUUUCUGAUACUCUACAGAUGCUGUCGGGGGAGGAUGUGCCUGGCAGCCCCCCUUAUGAUUUGACCUAUGAGAACAUCGGAUCCAGCGAGGUGAAUGUGUCAUGGUCGCCGCCGCUUCUCGCAAAUGGCAUCAUCUUGUUCUACAACGUGGAAUACUGGAACGCCACACACAGUCUGAACCAAACCACACACGUGCCUUAUGUCAUCCUGUCCAACCUUCGGAAGUAUGCACGCUACCGUAUCAGCGUACAGGCCGCCACACAGGUGGGCUUGGGAAACCACACGAGUGAGAUCCUGAACAUCACCACGCUGGAGGACGUGCCGAGUGGUCCCGUCCACAACCUGACUGCUGCAAUCUAUAGCUCUACGGCUGUAGUGAUCAGCUGGGAUCCUCCUCUGGAGCCCAACGGCAGAGUCUUCUAUCAGCUGAGCCUCCAAGAGGCGGGUAUGACCCACUCGUCCAUCAACCGCACGGUCAACAUCACCAUCACCAAAACUACCACGGACAACAUUUACCUCUUUACCAAGCUCAGGAAGUAUUUUCCCUACACCAUAAAAGUCACCCCAGCAACCAGCGCAGGGUCGGCCGUAAACCACACUGCAAUGCAGCACCUGCGAACAGAUGAAGAUGUCCCAAGUUCUCCUCCGUUGCCUGGAGCUAGUAAGAAUCUCUCCAGCACCUCCAUCCAUGUGUCAUGGUUCCCUCCUGUGGAAGCCAAUGGCGAGAUCAUAGAUUAUGCUGUAGUUUUACAGGGUCCUGGGACCAUCAACAAAACAUACACCACUGAAACACACCUAAUGCUCUCAGAACUCACUUCAUUUACACCUUAUAAUCUCUCCAUCGCUGCAGUCACCCGUAUAGGUGUUGGGCCUUCCGUGAUUAUUCCACUGCAUACUGAUGAAGCAGUCCCAAUGUCUCCACCACGCAAUCUGAUUAUUUUUAACCACACUGUGAAUUCAGUGUGGCUUCAGUGGGAACCAAGUCCAGAGCCAAAUGGAGUCAUCCAGCACUACGGAUUCCGAAUACUUGAACUGAACACAUACACUUUCAGCUAUCAGAACUCAUCAGAUGCAUCCACACAAGCAGAACUGAGUGACUUUAAACCUCAUAAUUCAUAUGAAAUCAGCGUGUGUGCAUUCACUAGAGCAGGGAAUGGGGAUCAGUAUAGCAUGCCUGUCAUAUUCACCACCAAUGAAUCAGUGUCAGAUGCCGUCGGGAAUCUGACCUGCUCUGGAUUGGAUUGGAAUUCAGUGUACAUGGAAUGGGAGCUUCCGAUUCAUCCUAACGGAGAGAUUCUGUACUACCUCAUUCGCUCUGGAGAUCUAGAGGAGGAGGCUCAUCCUCUCGUGCUCACAGACACGGUGGCACACACAUUCAUCGGCCUGUCGCCUAAUGUUUUCUAUGUCAUCAGCGUGGCUGCAGUUAAUUCAGCCGGAACAGGGGAAGAAGCCAACUGCACCGCACACACUCCACCAGAGUCAGUCCCUGGUCCGCCCCAGUCCCUGACCAUAAUGGAUGUGACCUCUGACAGUGUGUUUUUAAGCUGGCAGCGUCCCGUCCAUGUUCCUGGUCUGUUGCAAGGAUAUAAUGUAGAGAUUCAGCAACUGGCAAGAAGUUGUGAGCCAGAGCAGCACAAGGAGUCCUGUGUGGACAGUGAGCUUGUGGAGUGGGUUGAAGGAGAAGCCAGUGGGGUCACGCUUUCCCCUCUGAUGAAAUACAGAGAGUACCGUAUCAGACUGGUUGCCUUUACCAGAGCCGGAGCCGGAGAACCCUCCAAAUGGAUCCACACACAGACACUCGCAGGAAACCCCGAUGCCCCCCCUGGUGCCAUAUCAGUGGUUCCUUCUCCCACUGGGUUAAAGAUUGUGUGGAACGAACCAUCAGUAAUCUCAGGUCCCACCUCAUACCUCAUUGACAUCACUGCUUUGGAUGGUUCGGGAUAUAACAUAAGUCUUGUACGGUAUUCAGAGGAGAUCAGGGCGGUGGUAGUCGGGAACCUCACUGCAUUUACCUUGUACUCUGUUAUCAUUACCGCCUUCACGGGGCAGCUUUCCAACGCUCGCACAGACGGCAAAGCAUCCAAAGCCAUCCUCGUCAGAACCCUGGAGGAUGAACCCAAAGACCCUCCCAAAAACGUGACAUUGACGGUGAUCCCAGAGGAAGUGACACGUGUUUAUGUAACAUUCUCUCCACCGAAUGAGCCGAACGGAAACAUCAGUGCCUAUCACGUCGCCAUCUAUCGAAAUGGACAACUGGACUUCUACAUUAACAGCCUGUCUGUGAUCAGCAAUCCUAAUAACACUAUGACAGCCAUUAUAGAUGGUCUGAAGGGUGGAUUCAAUUACAGCAUAAGGAUUGCAGCUGUGAAUGGAGCCGGUUUAGGACCAAGUUCGGAGGUUCAGGUCACCACAGGUGUGAAAGCACCACCAAAACCAUCCCGGAUGCCCCGGGCUGCUCUGAACAACGCAGGUGUCAUCAUCUCUACUUCAAAGACCAUCACCAUUGAAAUGCCUGAAUGCUUCUUCACUGAUGACCAUGGACCAAUCCAAAAAGUCCAGGUCAUUGUUUCUGAACCGGCAGUGAUGGACUACGGGAAUCUGUCCAACUGGAAGAGUGUUUUCCUCUACCCUACUGCGCCAUACCUGACCGACGAGGGCUUCGUGAACCCAAAGUGCUCGGAGAAAGCAGAGCGCAUGAGCACAAACACUAACACAUACGUUAUAGGAGCAGAUGAUAGCUGCCUGUCUGAACAGGCCAAGACACUUUGUAACGGUCCCCUCAAACCCAAAACAUAUUAUGUGUUCAAAUUUCGGGCAACAAACAUCCGUGGGCAGUACACAGACUCUGAGUACUCAGACAGGGUCAGAACUGCAGAUGACCGCCUGCUGACCAGAGAUGAGCAGAUCAUUCUUGGGGUCCUGCUGUCAUUUUUCCUGGCAUUGUUUUUAAUUCUGCUUAUAUACGGGUCUGUGAGGAUCCACCGCAGGCAGAAGGAAGGUGGGACGUACUCUCCACGCGAGGCUGAGAUCAUUGAGACCAAGUUCAAGCUAGAUCAGCUCAUUGCAGUGGCCGACCUAGAGCUCAAAGAGGAGAAGAUUAACCGGUAUUCCUCUUUUUUCUAUAGAAGGAAGGAGAUUUUUGUCAUCCAGCUGCUAAGUUACAGGAAAUCUCUCAAGCCAAUCAGUAAGAAAUCUUUUCUUCAGCAUGUGGAAGAUCUUUGUGCCAACGACAAUGCCAAGUUUCAAGAGGAGUUUGCUGAGCUGCCGAAGCUGCUUCAGGAUCUGGCCACAUCAGACGCUGACCUGCCGUGGAAUCGCUCCAAAAAUCGCUUCACAAACAUUAAACCCUAUAACAAUAACCGAGUGAAGUUACUGUCUGAGCCAGGAAUGCCGGGGUCUGACUACAUCAAUGCCAGCUUCGUCUCCGGCUAUCUGUGUCCUAAUGAGUUUAUAGCCACUCAGGGUCCUCUGCCUAGUACUGUCGCAGACUUCUGGAGGAUGAUUUGGGAGACCGGGACCAAAACCAUCGUCAUGCUCACUCAGUGCUUUGAGAAGGGCCGGAUCCGCUGUCAUCAGUAUUGGCCAGAAGACAUAAACCCGUCACUGUUUUUGCUGACAUCAUAAUCACUAAACUCACAGAGGAUGUGCAUCCUGAUUGGACGGUCCGGGUGCUCAGAGUG